GUGAUACCUGCUGUUAGCAUCCAGCCGGCUAGAGGAGAGGAAUCUGAUCCCAUUUCCGGUUGAACAUCCAUUAUUCACAGACGGGUAGGCAGCAGAAGAUCUACAAGAUGAGAUCACCUCCUCCCCUUCCUGGGGCCUUAAGUUCUUUGGAGGAUGGUUCCCCAAGUUUUUUGGAGGAUGGUUCCCCAAGUUGUUCCGUUCAGAGUUGCGUGAUGCCCGUGUUGGAGAGCGUUUUGUGGACGAUUUUGGCCAGUGUUGUCCUAACCCUGUGUCUAUGUGUUUGGCAGUGUGAUAGGAUUACGAGACUGCAGAAAAGGAUUCAGAGGCUGUACAUCUUGUUAAGAGAAUUUCCAAGGAUUCUGUCGAGGUGUUGUACCGAUGCGGAUGCUAGAGUAGAGGAGCCGGAGGAUCAGGAAGCCGCACUUAGAAUGAGUAUAGCCGUUAUACUGAGAGAGCUAGAGCAGGGACGGAAUAUAUCAGGUGCGGAAGUUACUAAUGGUGCGAAUCCCAACCCUUGCUCUGUAUUUGGUCAGGGUGAUGGAGUGGGUCAGUCCAAGCAAUUGACACAGAAGGAGGAUUCGGUGGAUUCUAAUAUUCAAAUUUCCAUAGAGAAGCCUGCUAGUAAGGUGAACACGGAGAAGGAGGAGGUUGAUUUAAACUCCCCUAAACCUGUUGUUGCUGUAAGUGUGGCAAAGGGGUUAUCGGCUAUUGUUGAUGCAUUAAAGGAGGAUGCUGCACUAAAGAAGGAUAUAGAUCUACCGGGGUGUUCCGCGGAUGCAGCAACAGAGCAUGAUCCCAAGACCAAGAUACCGAAGGGGGAUGCUACACUAGGAAAGGAAAAGCAAAAUAUGGAUCCCUUGUGA